UCCCCAGGCCCUGCUGCUACCCCAGCCGAUCUAUCUGAACAUCUCCACUCGUUUUCUCCUCGCUGGGCCCGUUGCAUGGCCUUAUUUGGACAACAGAGAUCAGGGGUGCUGCGGAUAGAUCCUCCCUAGACCUUGGGACCAGUCUUCGACAGGACGAUGUCCUCAACAGAGAGCCCGCCAGGUCCAGAUGAGUCCAAGGCUUCUAUCGUCGUCGGCGUCGUCACAGCUCUGCACCUUGUUUCUUGGACCCUUUUCGGCACUCGCAUCUGGACUCGCGUCCGGCCCACCAUCCGCCUGUCCCCCGACGACUACUUCAUUAUCCUCGCAGUGGUAUUCGAUGCGGUCUCGUUCGCCUUCCUGCUAGUGGCCGUCAAGUACGGCGUCGGACGACACAACUACUACCUUCCACCCGACCAGGAAGUCCUGGCCGAGAAAUGGCUCUUCCUCAGCCAGCCGCCCUUCCCCUGGAGCCUCGCCUUCUCCAAGGUGAGCAUCUCGUGGAUGCUCCUCCGGAUCCAGCGCGACAUCCGCUGGUGGUGCUGGACCAUGUACGCCUUCAUGGUCUUGUCCGUGGCCGUGGCCAUCACCUCCAACGUCUUCCAGCUGUCGCUCUGUACGCCGCUGUAUGGCGUGUGGGACCACAGCGACCCCUCCGUGGUGUGUGCCGAUCCCAAGAAGAGCCAGGUGUCCAUCUACGUAAACUCUUCCGUUACCAUUGUUACCGACGUUGCGCUCAGCCUCGCGCCUAUGACCUUCAUCAUCCACAUCCACCGGCCUCUCCGCGAGAAGAUUGCGCUCACGUUCGUCAUGGGCCUCGGCAUCUUUGCCAGCGGCGCCUCGAUCGCUAAGACUUUCAAGGUUGGAAGUUAUGGGAGCACGGGUGACACGCUGAUGGAUACGGUCGCGCUCACGACCUGGAGCAUGGUCGAGGCCCAGCUGGCCAUCAUCGCCUGCUGCAUUCCAACCCUCAAGCGCCUGUUCGAGAGGAUCCUCCGCCGCUGGGGCUUCAUCUCGAGCGAAGGCUCGGCGACACGCUCUCGAACCGGCUACCACAAGCACGAAGAGGGCACUUCCCGAACGCGCGUCUUUAGCCAACAUCCUCACGCCGCCCAAGGCCACGAGCUCAGCGAGAUGCGCUCGAAGCGAGACGUCAAGCACAGCGCGGCAAUGACGAACGUCGACGAGACUUCCAGCCUGGAGAGCGGCGAGAUGCCCAUCAUGAAGCCCAGCCACAAGGGGUCAUAUGGCGACUUCGAGUCGGUCGACUCGCCCGCGGGGGGUAGCAGCAGUGAUAACGGGGUGUACUUUAAGACGGCCAUCCAGGCUGGCGAUCAUGGGACCUCUGCUGGGGCCUGCGAGGGGGGAGGCAUCCAGAUGGAAACGACAGUGUCAGUGCACUCGGAGCCAAAUCCCAGGCGGAGGGAAGCGGAUGCGGUUUGAGUCGGGAUGUCUGCGGCGUUCAGGGGUUCCGAAUGGACGAUCUCCAUCAUACAUACCGGUACUACUAAUCACCAUGGAAUCGCCGUGCCUCUGUCCCAACAUUGAUCAUCUGCUUCAGAUCUUUCGCAGGGC